UAGUUCCCAUAAAUAUAUCCCAUCACUUCUGUCAUCUCCCACAAAACAUCUGCCCCUCAUCUUCUUCUUCUUCUUCUUCCAAAGCAGCCAAGAAAUUCCCCCCACCCCAUUUUUCCUGGUUUUUGAGAGGAAUCUUUGAUUUCUUUCUCUAUUCCCUCUGCUUUAAUUUGCUCCCAUUAUAUUGAAGCCAUUGAUAGAUAAUCCACUUUGCAUUUACAUCAUACACCAAGAAUAAAGUUUGAGUCUUUAAUCUUUGGCACAUAUGUGAUAGGCCAAGAAAAGAAAAGAAAAGAAAACAAAACAAAAAAAGGUUUCUUGUGAGAAAAUCUUUGUUUCAAAAUCUCAAACUGAGGAGAGUAGUGGGGGGAAAAUGAUCAAAAUUUCUGACCUUUACCAUGUUCUCACAGCUGUUGUUCCACUGUAUGUUGCCAUGAUUUUAGCCUAUGGGUCAGUGAAGUGGUGGAAGAUCUUCACCCCAGAUCAGUGCUCUGGGAUCAACAGAUUUGUGGCUCUCUUUGCUGUUCCCCUUCUGUCUUUCCACUUCAUCUCCACCAACAAUCCAUACACCAUGAACUACAGGUUCAUAGCUGCUGAUGCUCUCCAGAAAGUCAUUGUCCUUGUGGUUCUAGCCAUAUGGUCAAGAACCAGCUCCAGGGGAUCCCUAGAAUGGUCCAUUACUCUCUUCUCUCUGUCCACUCUCCCCAACACACUUGUCAUGGGGAUCCCUUUGUUGAAGGGCAUGUAUGGGGAGUUUUCUGGGAGCCUAAUGGUGCAGAUUGUGGUGCUGCAGUGUAUCAUUUGGUAUACUUUGAUGCUGUUCUUGUUUGAGUAUAGGGGGGCAAGAAUGCUCAUUGCAGAGCAGUUUCCUGAUACUGCAGGCUCCAUAAUUUCCUUCAAAGUGGACUCUGAUGUUAUCUCAUUGGAUGGGAAAGAGCCAUUGGAGACCCAAGCUGAGAUUGGUGAAGAUGGGAAGCUUCAUGUGACUGUGAGGAAAUCAGCCAGUUCAAGGUCUGAAAUUUUCUCAAGAAGAUCCCAUGGCCCAAAUUCUGGGCUUUCUUUGACUCCCAGACCUUCAAACCUCACCAAUGCAGAGAUUUACUCUCUGCAGUCUUCAAGAAACCCUACCCCAAGAGGCUCUAGUUUUAACCACACAGAUUUUUACUCAAUGGUGAAUGGGAAGGCUGCAAAUCUUAGUCCAAGACAGUCCAAUUUUGGGAACUUGGGGUUUGAUGAGGAGAGGGGAAAUGGGGUUUAUGGACAGGGGAAUUCUGGGUCUGGGUACCCUGCUCCUGCCGGUGCCGGAUUGUUCUCUCCGGUCACCGGUCCGGCCAGUGCCAAGAAGAAGGGUAAUGGCAUAGAGAGUGGUGGCAAAGACCUUCACAUGUUUGUUUGGAGCUCAAGUGCCUCACCAGUUUCUGAAGGGGGAAUUCAUGUGUUCAAAGGAGGUGAUUAUGGACAUGAACUUGGAGUUGGAGCUCACCCAAAAGAUUACGAUGACUUUGGUCGGGAAGAGUUUAGUUUCGAUAACAGACAAAACCCGAAUGGAAAUGACAAGGAAGGGCCUGUGCUAUCCAAGCUUGGCUCGAGCUCUACAACCGAGCUUCAUCCCAAGGCGGCUAUGGAAACCAAGCCUGCAGCCAUGCCUCCUGCGAGUGUCAUGACUCGACUUAUUCUGAUUAUGGUGUGGAGGAAACUUAUUAGGAACCCGAACACGUAUUCUAGCUUAAUUGGCCUCACUUGGUCUUUGGUGUCUUACAGGUGGCACAUUGUGAUGCCUGCGAUUAUAGCCAAGUCGAUUUCCAUUCUGUCGGAUGCUGGUCUUGGAAUGGCGAUGUUUAGUCUUGGUUUGUUCAUGGCAUUGCAGCCUAGAAUCAUUGCCUGUGGGAAGACGAUUGCCUCGUUCUCUAUGGCCGUAAGGUUCCUUACUGGACCUGCAGUCAUGGCUGCUGCCUCGAUCGCUGUUGGCCUCCGAGGUGUCCUCCUUCAUGUUGCCAUCGUUCAGGCUGCCCUUCCCCAAGGAAUCGUCCCCUUCGUGUUUGCCAAGGAAUACAAUGUCCAUCCCGAUAUUCUGAGCACAGGGGUUAUAUUCGGGAUGCUAAUCGCACUCCCCAUAACGAUGGUCUACUACAUCCUGCUCGGGCUCUGAAGCAGCAGAGACGAGAAGCAAACCUGUUAACAUUCGAAACUCGAGACAAGAAAAGAGCUGAUGACCAUUUUGCCAUGGAACAACUUUUUUGGUUUCUAACACAACACUAGAUUAAUGCUGAGACAAGAGAAGGAGAAGAAAGCAAAGGAUAUAUUUAUAGUAGCUUUGUUAGCAGUAGUUAAGAAUGUUUUUGUUGUUGUCUUUUCCCAGCCCCAGAAAGGUUCCUGGGAUCUUCUUCUCCUCUUUGUUUCAUGCUUUUAAUUUGUUGUUCCUUUCAACCUUAAGAAAAGUCAUGCUCUGUUUCAGAAGGUUUUUGUCU